GUUUCACAUCUGAAACUAUUUCUUUCCGCGUAGUUUAAAAUAUAUGAAAUGUGAUAGAUUGCACAUAAUGACAUUGACAAAAUUGAUAUUAUUAAUAACUCUGAUAGCACUGCCAGCAAUUAGAGGAGACCCAGGACUAGGAGGACCAGGAGGACCAGGUCCAGAUAAACCAGAAUACAGUACAUCAUUAGAAACAUCACUAAGACGUGAAUUGUUCACGGGCUAUGAAGUGUUACAGAGACCUCAUGAGAACGUCAGAAUAUUUAUCAGUUUAACCAUUCUAACUGUCAACGAUCUGAAUAUUAAAGACCAAUCACUAUCAAUAUCGGGAUACCUAACUGUUGUUUGGCUGGAUUCCAGAUUAGACUGGUCAAACAGUUCCACUACCUCACAAGACUUUACCAAUGUAAAAUUCCUCUUCAGUACAGAAGAAUAUGUUUGGAGACCAGCGCUUAUCAUAGAAAACUCAGUUAAGGACAUUGGCAUUAUCAAUGAUAAAUUCAUUCCAAUGCGAAUUGUGAGUAAUGGAAACAUAGUCUGGAAUCCAUCAGGCAUAUACGAAGUGAGCUGUGAAUCUGACAUCACGUACUAUCCUCUGGACACACAACAAUGUACAGUAAAGAUAAGUUCCUGGGCGUAUACUUCCGGAGAAGUUUCACUAGACUUUGGACCUGAAUCUGUAGACCUCAGUUUCUACUCACCAAAUGGUGAAUGGGAUCUAAUUUCAGCAUCAAGUAGCAAAUCUGGUUCCAAAUCAAGAGGAGGAAUUUCGUUUUCAAGUCUGACUUAUUCAAUCAAGCUCCAGCGCCGUCCGAUGUUCCACAUCAUUAACACCUUGUUCCCAGUUGCAUUGAUGGCAGUUUUAAUUGCUAUGGUGUUCAAGCUGCCGGUGGAUUCAGGAGAGAAAAUAGGUUUCUCAUUGACCGUUCUAUUAGCCUAUGCUGUAUAUCUGACCAUGAUUUCGGACAAUAUUCCAAGUACCUCUGUCCAUAUAUGUUACCUCUCUAUAUACCUUGUAUUUAUUCUAACACUUGGAGCCACAUCAGUUAUCCUUACAAUCAUCGUUCUCAGUCUUCAUUUCAAAUCAAAGGAAGAUGAAAUACCACAAUGGGUUAAAACCAUGACAAAGAAAUUUCUUCUCAAAAUUGCUGGUAUGGAGAGUUGUUGUAAAUGUUGCGAGGGUCAAAGAGAAACCGAGGUUGAAGUUCUGACACAGACGGCCAUAGCAAAUAUGAAAAAAGAAAAGAAAGGUCACCCUCAAUUUGUUGAAGCAGUUACCUCGAUGGACAACGAGUUGACCUGGGAAAAACUAUCCAAAAUAAUGGACAAAGUGUUUUUUAACAUUUACAUUGCCAUGAUUGUCAUUGUCACUGUGAUGUUGUUCCUGGCAAUAUUUGUCAAUUACUACACGUCUUAAAUGACAGUCUUUAUUAUAUUACUAUUGAAAAAGACUGAAAUAUUUGUCGUAAAUAUGAAUUAAAUGGACAUUGAUCUGAUAAUUUCGAUAAAAAAGCUAUAUUUAUAUUUACUACCUUCAAUGAAAUCAAAUAUCGGAUGUCAAACUCAAUUUACAAAUAGGAUGCCAUUUAAAAUGUGUUCUAAUAAAACAUUAGGACAGAUAAACCAAUAAAUAACUGUUACUGUUUGUUGUGUAACUGAAUACUUCAGAAUGAACAUAGUUUUUAACCUGAUAUUUUAAACGUUUUUACAGGAUUCAAUAUGUUUGAAGCUGCAUUUUUGUCAGACUAUCGCAACGAAUGUAUUUCAGUUAAAAAUUCUGUGUGCAUUUUUAACUGUUCGCAUCCAGCUCAAUAGUGCAAUUGCAAAAUGUAAAGCGUGCUUUCAACUUUUUCUUUAACCCUAACUAGCCCUUUAGGCUAAGUGAGCUAUUAUCUUCAACUGCCGUCCGUAAACCUUUAAAAACCUAACAGGGCAAAUAUUGAUUUUUAUUGGACUGUUCUUUUUUAUAUUUUGUUAUCUAAAGACUACCUAGCGAAAUGUUUUUGAAACUUCAGAGUGUUAAUGAGA